GUGUGUUUGUGUGUUACCGUCAGCUGCUUUAUUUUACGGACAGUGAACCGACAGUACAGAAACCAUGGGAAGGAAGAAGAAAAAGCAAAUGAAGCCUUGGUGCUGGUACUGUAACAGAGAUUUUGAUGAUGAAAAGAUUCUCAUUCAGCAUCAGAAGGCUAAACACUUCAAAUGUCACAUAUGUCACAAAAAGCUAUACACUGGCCCUGGGCUUGCAAUCCACUGUAUGCAGGUGCAUAAAGAGACCAUUGAUGGAGUCCCUAAUGCAAUACCGGGAAGAACAGAUAUUGAGCUGGAAAUAUACGGCAUGGAGGGUAUUCCUGAAAAAGACAUUGAAGAGAGAAGAAGAGUCCUGGAACAAAAGAACCAAGAGACUCCAAAGAAAAAGCAGAACCAGGAUGACUCUGAUGAGUACGAUGAAGAUGACGAACCAGGACCCUCCUUUCAGCCGCCCGCUGCGGGACAGCCGCAGGCCGCGUACAUCCCCCCCAUGACGCAGCCCGGCAUGCCCCCUGGCUCUGGAGCUCCAGGGAUACCACCAGGGAGCUACUCCGGAAUUCCCCCGAUGAUGCCAGGUGUGCCACCAAUGAUGCACGGAAUGCCCCCCGUAAUGCCAGGAAUGCCUCCAGGCAUGAUACCAAUGGGAGGGAUGAUGCCUCCAGGUGUUGGGAUGCCACCAAUGAUGGUCGGGGUGCCACCAGGCAUGCCUCCCGUGGGCCACCACCCUGGCAUCACACACAUGUCUCAGGUUCCCCCUGCUGCAAACGUCCUGACUCGACCUGCUGUUCCUGCUGUCCCCCCCGCCCAGCCUGGUCUCUCAAAGCCUCUUUUCCCCAUUGGUGGACAGAGUCAGCAGUCAGGGUCACCCCACCCUCCCUCCUCCUCCUCUGACCCCUCGAAGCCCACCUUCCCGCCCUACACUCAGACCCCCGUAGCCGCGCUCAGCCCCGGCAGCAGCACGCUCUCCAAACCCCCCUCCACUGUGACCAGUAAGCCUGCCACCCUCACCCCCUCCAGUGCAACCAGUAAGUUGAUCCACCCUGAUGAGGACGUCUCACUGGAGGAGUUGCGGGCUCAGUUGCCGAGGUACCAACACAGUAUUUCCCGUCCAAGCCAGACCCCCGCUGCUGCCCCCUCAGCGGUGGGCAUGAUGGCUCAGCAGCCCGGCAUGAGGCAUCCCAUACCUGGACAGUACGGGUGUCCGCCCCAGGGGAUGCCAGGCUACAUGCCAGGGGGGAUGCCUCCAUACGGACAGGCCCCUCGUGUGGGACCCCCCGGGUACCAGGGAGCCCCUCUCCGGCCCAUGGGUCUGAGGCCCCCUGUCAUGUCUCCUGGAGCCCGCUACUGAAGCCUGCCAUCCUCUCUUCAAUAGGUUUGGACACUCAACCCUUUUCUAAUGUCCUCAACUGCUAGUAGAAACCAGUAUUGGUAUUAUAUUACCACCACGUACUGUUUAUUCUACUACUGAGCUAUGAGGAAGAGACACUGAAUACACAACAAACAAAAUAGUUAGAUAGUUAGAUGAACAGCAUCACAGAGCGCACGGGAAAUAUUUACAUUGUACCUAAACAAGACUAUGAAGUGUUGUUUGAAACCAUCUCUGUUCUGUGGCUUCUUUUCCUUCUCAUGUUUCAUUCAGGUGUGUAGAAGUGUAGUAGAUAUGGUUCGUAGUGUUGUUGUGAAGGCGCUGGAGUUACAUGGGCAGUGCGCACCCUUUAUCAAGGCAAGUUGUAUGUAAAUACAUUUCUGUUCUGAGCUAACAGUGAGGCCUUCACAGCACGUAGUGCUGUUGGACUUCGUGUCCCCAACUUUGUUUGGUGAGGGCUUCAUUUAACUGUUCAUGCAUUCAAUCUGUGUUAUGUUUAUAGUUUUAAUGGAGAAGAUACUCCCAUAACCUUAAAUAGUUGGAGUACUUAAUGAAGUGGUAUAUGUAUUGUUGUAAAAUUGAUUGUAAUAAAAUGUGGCAAAAAUGAAAGACUCUUCUUUGCGGUACGUUAGUGGGAUGAGACGUCACAGCAGGUUUGUACUCCAGUUAUAAACGUCAGUGUUGUCUUUAAGCUGAAUCAACCGAAAUGUACAUCUCUGCUUUUAUUUGAAAAAUGCAAGUAAAUGUUUCACUUUUGAAUUGAGUAUUUACCGUUCAAAAGAUAAUAAAUAAAUGAUUGGUAGUCUGUACGUGCCAAGUGCAUUUGACAGCUGCAUAACCUCCGGGUCACAGCGGUGCUUAAACCCAGAUUUCUCUUCUCCCUGUAGCGAUGCCAUGGGGGACCGGCUGAGGCCGAGUCUCAGUGUAGCCCUGUUUCAGCCGGAGGCAAGUCCCACCAUUUUCUGUCUUCUCAUUCAUUGCCAGGGGCCCUCACAGCUUAAACGCUGUUGGAUCUCAAGGUCCCCAAACUUGCAGCAAGUUUGGUGAAGGCCCUUGUUUGUGUUUUUGCAUUGAGGCAUCAUUUUAUUCAGGCAUGUCAGUUUAUGUGAAUACUAAUAUAGAUUGUACAGUAUGUGUCAUUGAAUCUGUAUUCUCCCUUCUUGAUUGGUGGGAGCAUCAGGAAGCUUGGUUUUCAUUUAAUAACUUCAUACUGAAAGUGUGGAGUUAUUCAAUUAAAACAGUUUUCUUUUUUAAAAGCUAAAGCCCUACAGUCAGAAAGUAAGUAUGGCUUGGUCAAAUGUCUAAUCACAUACAGCUAUAUAUAAAUGAAUGUGUGUUGGGAAGUUUAUGAUGAAAAUAUGCUUGUAAAAUGGCUUUUCCACUUAAUCCUGUUUGUUUCAUCAGCUGUCCUCACUUGAUCAUUUGAAUUUAACCACUUACAUGAAGGAGAACCCUACCAGUACCAGGUUAGUUAAAGCUGUAAGUACCACUGAUGUCAUUUUAACUUCCAUCGACCUGAGUUUUGUACACAUACAGUAUAAAUGAGCCCACAACAAUUCUAAAGUAUUUGACAUGAUGACAGCCAAAGAUUCAUUAUGAUCUCGAGAAACAACUCGGGGCAGGAAUGUCAAGUUGAUACUUGAGUGUCAAACAUAUUUAUUUUGUUCUAGUUUGGGAUUCAUAUGAUUACCAUUUCCAUAUAAGGCUUGAUGGGUAUAACCACCAAUUAAGGAUGAAAUGCUCUACAUGAGCAAUAGAGUCUUCCCUGGUAAGUAUGGAUGCAUCACUGUUUAAUAUGCUUAUAGUGUUGUUUACAUGAAGUGGCUAUGUGCCCACUCAGGUGGGAACUUUGUUUGUGUUUGCUCUUGUAUUGUAGAUUUGAAAUGUUGUACAAUUUCAAUACAGUAUUUUGUUCCCACAGAUUUAUUCAUUUGAAUGUUGCUGUUUCUUUAUACUGUGACUAUUUUUCAAUGUGCAUUGUUGUUUUCUUAUGUAUCCUACUUUUGAGGUAGUUUCUUUUUUAGGAAUGAAUGAUUUAUGUUUUAAGAUUUAUUAGGAUUUUCUAUUUUUGUGAUUCAUGAAGACAGAAAUGGUAAAUAAAUGCUAUUAGUAAAUAAAUGACACCCCAGUCCAACAUGUCUGGACAAACAACCUUAUACUGACCCAGGUACUUCUGAACAUUACUCAAUGAAAAACUCUUAAGGAAAUAUUGAAUACAUUGUUAAUAGUAGUGCAGCAGAUGUUUUCCUUUAAAUCAAAAACUGAAGCUUCCCCAGCAAUAUUUGUUUUAGGAUGCUCUUUAAAAAAACACAACUGAAUAUGAUGUGUUAUAUUUGCACCAAUGUCUGAAUAGUAAUUGUUCUUG